CGCGCGUGAGCGACGACGCACGGCGCAGUCGACGAAUCACGCGCGUAGGCGACGCGCGCGCGCACGCGUGAACGCGAGAGGGGUUCGACGGCGCCGCCGCUCGCAGAUCCGGCCGCGUCGUCCCUCGCGCAUCUUUUUUCUCCGCCGACUAGAGUCGCGGGGGGAAGAAAUCGCGCCGCGGCGAACGGAGCGUCGCGUCGUCGCGAACGAUGGGGGCGGUGAACCAGCAGUACGACCACCUCAUCAAGCUUCUGCUCAUCGGAGACAGCGGCGUCGGGAAGAGCUGCCUGCUCCUGCGGUUCAGCGACGACUCGUUCACGACGUCGUUUAUAACCACGAUCGGGAUCGACUUUAAGAUUCGCACCGUGGAGUUGGACGGCAAGCGCGUGAAGCUUCAGAUAUGGGACACCGCGGGGCAAGAGCGCUUCCGGACCAUCACGACGGCGUACUACCGCGGCGCGAUGGGCAUCUUGCUCACCUACGACGUCACGGACGAGACGUCGUUUAACAACGUGCGAAACUGGAUGCGAAACAUCGAGCAACACGCGUCGGAGAACGUGAAUAAAAUCUUAGUCGGGAACAAGUGCGACAUGGAGGAUAAGCGGGUGAUUUCGCACGCGCGGGGGAAGGCGCUCGCGGACGAGUUCGGGAUACCGUUCUUCGAGACGAGCGCGAAGGCGAACGUGAAGGUUGAGGACGCGUUCUUUUCAAUCGCGCGGGACAUAAAAAACCGGUUGAAGAGCGACAAAGAAAACGCCGGCGGCGGGGGGAUCAAGCUCGGCUCUGGAAAGGGCGGCUCCGGAUCGAAGUCGUCGUGCUGCUAGACGAGCGUCGUGACGUGACGUGACGACGCGCGCGUGUUGAAGGGUGGGCGAGGGAGGAUGACAUGCAAACGCGAUUGACGUUUC